GUGAUUGGCUGGAUGGGGGGGCGCCGCGAGCCGCUAUUGGUCUAGAGUGGAAUCUAGCGGUGAUUGGCUGGAGUAGGAAGCGCAGCGCUGCAAUUGGCGGUAAGGGGAGCGGUCGGUUAGCUGCGGCCCGUCUCUGGUAGAACGGAGGAGCGCUGGUCACCUCCUCUGGUUCUCUCCGGCGGGCCGGUGCUACCCCGCCUUUCAACCCGAGCGGCCUUUCCCAGCCAAGCGGGGUCCCGCAGCUGAUUGGCGGGGGCUGAAGAGCCUUUAUCCAAUGGCGGGGCGGAUCUCCUCAGUGCGGGCCAGGACGGGGCGGAGCAGCGCUAGUGCCGCGACUGGCCCUGCGCCGCUCCCGUCGAGCUCGGUCCCGCGUCAGUCCAGUGGCCAAUCAGCGCGCGGCUAGUACAGGCCGUGAGGGAGGAGGGGGGCGGACACGGCAGAGAGCGGUGCUCCCAUUGGCUGCGCGCGGCGCGGGGAGCGGUUUGAAUCGGUGGCGCCGGGCCGGGAGUAAUGGCAAAGUAUAAGAAACACCGACGAAAACAGAGAGCCAGAGCAAAAUUUCUACUGAAAAAAAAAGGAGAUGCUACAGCCCCCCCCAGCUCAGGUUGUCCUCCUCCACGGUCAACAGGUGAUUUUCCUCCACACACGUCAUCUGUCCCAAGCCAUCUGUCCUCCCUCUGGUCAUUAGCCUUGCCCAGUGUAAAAAAUGUGGUAAAACCCUUUACGACAACUGCAUCGUUUUUGUAUUGUUGGUGCCAGAACACGUUUGCACAGAGUUUUAAGGUGGUGAAAGACACCAUAUUUCCCUCACAAAUCUACUUAAGGGAGCUAAAUACGUUCAAAGAGCAGCUGGAAAAGUUGGAAACUGAAUUUUCCAGACUACAAGGAACACUCCAGAUGAAUGGAAUUGCAGCCUUGUCUUCAGAAAAUUCCCUUUGCCAAAGGUGUAAUAAACCGGUCCUGGGUGCUCCUGUACAAAUGCAGAUGGCCCCGGCGUCAUCAGUAUCCAGACCUUCUGCAAUGCAGCUGCAGCCUGUAUCUGCACCCCCUCCACCUCCUCCACCACCACCACCACCACUGCCCCCACCAAAACUGCCUCCAGCACCUCUCCUCCUCAAACGGGGCAAUGGCUCUAAAGCACUUCUGGCACCGUCGCUGAAAAAAGAUGCGCCGAUGCAGAUCACUCUCAAAGAUCUCCUGAAUGUAAAAUUGAAGAAGACGGACAGUAGCCUGGGAAUGGACAAGGCAGAACCACCAGUGAAGACGCGUGGGGCAUUAAUUACAGUCUCAGAUCUACAGAGCAUUAGUCUAAGACCUAAAUCCAAGCCAUCAACUCAUGUUACAAACUCCUUAAUUACCCCUCCUAAAAAUCAGUUAGAUCUUCGAAAACAUCUGAAGAAAGUCAAUAUACAAAGAAGCCCUGGCGGCACUCCACUAAAUAGCAAAGAGAACAUGGAAUGUGGGACUGGGCUGACACCGAUAAUGACACAGGCACUAAGGCGCAAAUUUCAGAUGGCGCACCCAAAGAGUCCCUCGCCAGCCCGGCUAAGUGCUGCGAACAGCUUUGAUGAACAAAAGUAGGUUUACGGAACAACGUAUUUUCCAUUUGUGGUCAGGAAGCCACUUGAAUCCCAUUUUUUAUCCCACUCAGGCAUAUGUAUUUGUAAGUAAAUCCAGUGCAUACCAGAACGGGGCAUUAUAAAAACUCUUCAGCAGAUUUCUGCUUUUUAAAGGCGGCGUCUUCCUAAUGUGUCUCAAUCUGGUUGCAUCUUCUUUCUUAAUGGGGAAAAAAAAAAAAAAGAAACUUCCCUGAGUCUUUUGCUACCUGGCUGCUGCUGAAGCAGGGACUGUUGUGUUCCCAGCACCGGUGCUGCUUGUAAUGUAACUAUGUGCAUUUGCUGAAAUUCAGUAUUGUUUUUACAUAUUUUUGACAAAAAAGAUCGUGAUGGUAAUUAUACAGGCUCAAAGAAAAGAAGCAGUUUAGCACUCUAAUGUUAUUAAAGUAUAAGGCUGCGAGUUUCCAUAAAGAACUCGGUUACAUGUGUAAGAAUGCACGAAGCAACUGCAGUAUGUAUUGCUU